AUGAUUUCCAAAAGUGAACUUCUUGUUGGUUGCAAUCCGGUUCACAAGAAAGUGCCUGUUCUGAUUCAUGAUAAUAAGAUCAUCUGUGAGUCUCUUAUUAUUGUUCAAUAUAUCAACCAAGUCUGGAAGAAUAAUGGUUGCUCCAUUCUACCCUCUGAUCCUUAUGAUCGAGCUGUUUCGGAUUUUUGGGUAGCAUAUUAUGAUGUUAAGUUGGUUCCUCUACUGAAGAAGCUAAAAUCAGCAAAAGGGGAGGACUGGAUUGCAGUGAAGCGGAGAAUAGACAGAGAAAUGAAGGUUUUGGAGGAGGCUUUUGCGAAAUGCAGCAAAGGGAAGGUCUACUUCGGAGGGGAUGAUAUUGGAUACAUUGAUAUUGCUAUAGGAGGCUGCUUGGGGUGGAUCACGGCUAUGGAGAAGGUGAGUGGCAUGGAGUUGAUAGAGGAAGCAACGACACCUCAGCUCGCGGCGUGGGCGCAGAGGUUUAUGUCGAAUGAUGCUGUCAAGACUGUAUUUCCCGGAACAGAGAAAUAUGUAGGAUUUCUUAAGAUGAUGGAAGCCAGGGCCAAGGAGUUUUCGAACUUUAGACUAAGUAGCAGGCUGUAAAGCCUUAGGAUUCCAGUUAAAUUGUACUUUUGU